UGCAUGCCGUUGAUCCACAUCUUAGAAGACUCGCGGUCUGAUUUUGUUCAUCUUGAUAAAUUGGAUUUGAAAAUUAAUUAAUCUUAUAGCGUGAUGGGGAAUAGAUUCUCCUUUUGUAUCUACUGAAAUGUAUACAUUAGACAAAAACACAUGAAAUCCAUAUCAAAGAGUUUAAUUUCAUAGAUCUACAUUCGUAAUUACUGAUUUUAUAGGUAUGAAUGAAAAUUAUAAUAACGUGCAUUUGGGUAUUAUAAAAUAACUUGCGGAAUAAAGGAGUUAUUUGAUCGCUCAUAAAUAAACUUACUUUGUUGAAGUUAAUGACCAUAGUCAAUAAUAAACGGAUGAUAAUUAAGAUUAAAUGAGUUUUUAAAAUUUUCAUCACAAUAGGAAAAUGCGUGGAAAUGUGUGCUUUACAAUUAUCACAUGAAAGAUGGUCAAAUAUUGCAGACACGGAUAACCCUUUGAACAAGUAUUGGCUUUCAAAUAAGCUUUUAAAUUGCAUUCAGUGAUUUUUCAUUGAAGUGUUUUGAUGUUGAAAUAACAAUGUUUAGAAUUUAAAUAUUGCAGGGACAUGAGAACGUAAAAAGUAAUCAGUUUCAGAAAUGAACUUCAUUGUCAAUGAACCUGCCGAAAUCGGAAUAUGGAGCACAGUCAAAGAAUGAAAAUGAACGAUGAACAUAAAAAAGCAUAUUUAUUUGUAUAGUGACAAUAGACACACUUUCAAUAUAUGUACACAUUGAUUCAAUCGUUUGAUGGAUAUUCAUUGAAGAAAGAGAACAGCCAAAAUGAAGAUAUUUAAAGUUUGGACUAUCAUAUAAAAAUAACUUCUGUCGUAAUCCAGUUUUGUUUUGAAACCAGUGUUUUAGAACAAAAUAUUACAGUUUUUUUCCGUCGCUUUCGGACACCAGCGCUAUUUGCUUCGCUGAAAAAGUAAAUGGACAUAAAAGGAAUAGAACUAAAUUAAAUCAUCAAUCAUAACAGUUUAAUCACAAACUUAACAGGACUUCGGACACUUCAACCUAUGUGAAGCAGGUGGCUCUUACUCGGAACAAAGAUGAUGUCCAAGAAAACUAUAUAAAUUCUGUAUUCAAGAAACACACACUAACUUUAAAUCUAAAGGAAACGGACGUAUUUUAAGAUCAGGUUCUCUGUUACGGAGAUGGUGGUUGCAGUGCGGGUAAGCCCGCCCAUGAAGGGCCGGGUCCCGAGCAGACUCAAUAUGCUGGAGCUUGUCUCAGUGGCCAACAACAGAUAUACAGUGUCUAAGCUCCGGAAACGCGCCCUGGCGCCUGGCUUCUGCUAUGUGUGCAGCAAGAUCGAUCCCGGGGGUGUUUUCCGGUCACCCAACGCACACCUGUUCCGGAAAGGGUUCAUGGCCGCGUGCGAGCACCAACCCAAGGCGCCUGACCCUACCUUUGUACAGGAGGAGAGAAUGCUGGCGGUAGCGAUUGACGGUCAUCGGGAAGGCUUACUAACAGAGAGGACGGCCACACACCACGCGAAGCUGCCGUCCAUUAGCGUCACAAUCCGCCACGGCUCCCAUUCAACCAGUCACCUGUCGCCCUUGAAGCGCGAGCGCACCUUCGACUCUACCGUCAGCCGCAAGCAGUUGAUAGCGUCCACCGACAGUGAGCUCCUCCGGAAAUCCAGUGACUCCCGACUCCCGUCUUUGAAAACUGCAACGCCCGGUGCUUCUCCGACAAAGUCAUCAAAAAUGUUUGCCCCUACGCCCCUGUCAAGCCUAUCCAAACCAUCAGCGUCUCUUCGACAAUCUCAAACUCUGCCAGAUAAUUCUGAAGCGGCCACGGAACUCAUUGGUGCUGAGCGGGUAACGGUUAUUCCCACCGGAAAUGAAGACAGGGGCAGUGGUAUAACGGGCCUCUCGUCAUUUUCCAAGGGUACAACGCCAACUGUGACAACAACCGACCUGGAUGUUGACGAAAAAUUGACCGAAACUGACCUUUUAUCGGUCGAAAAACUAACCCUUAGGAACAGCCUGAGGGCCAGCGACGGUAAACAAACAUUUGUUUUGAAGUCAGCCCCUCAGAGUCAAUACAGCACCGAGUUGCACCAGAUUCCUCUUGUCCCGUUUAUAAACCGGACGGACGGCCUUGACGACCCGCUCCUGACACAGCCACUGGUCCGCGAAGCAGCCAUGUUAGACUACACUCGGGGGGUCCCUGGGAGCCGCCCACGGGCCGGGCGGCAGAGGGAACGCCUGAAGCUCAGGCACCACAAUGACUCCUCGACCGGAAGUGCCCAGACAGACCGACCAGGCUCAGGUCAUCUCCGCUACCAUCACCGCGCUGAGGAGGAUUCAGUGCCGGAUCCCGGCUUUGAAAUUCCGCCGACGCCGUCGGACAUGAGUCUCUCCCUUUCAUUAUCAAACGAGUCUCAGGGAGAGGCCGCCUCUCGACAGACUGAGGGUCGCAGCAGGAAACAGUCUAAAACCGGAAGAAGCGUUAUAACGAACAGCGAUGAUACGACCAUUAAAUUUUCCGACGGCGAUGCGUCCGAAGCGCGGUCUCGAAUUUCUAAUCUGCCGUCGGGGAAAACAACAAGCUUUUGCCGAUGUGUAAGCAACCUAAGAGAAGUCAGCUUCACAAGAAAUGUUUGCAAAACGUGCGGAAAGCCAUAUUACAUCAGCGACAGCGGUUCCGCGGCCACCAAGACGCAGUACGAUUACGACACAAGUCGUAGGUCCGUGUCUCUCCGUAACAAGAUGCUUCAACAAGGCGGAGGGAAGGUCACGAGAAAGAGUAAGAACUUUUCUGACGAAGAUUACAUGGACUUUGACUUGAAUGAAGACCAAUACCUCUCUAGUGACGAUGACGAAUUCCCAGGCCACUUUGACGACUCCCCAACGUCCUGGUACCGAUAUAAACACGCCCAGCCUUACCCCUUGGUGGAUCCGGACACCCAUAAGAUUGUCUACCUGAAAGCGCUCCACGCUGCCCAGAUCAAAGCGCUGCAACGCAGCGAAGAAGAGCUUGAUGAAAAGUUACGUCGCCCGAACGUUUUCUCAUACAUUCCAUUACUGAAACGUAUGUCAGUGGACGGCGUGACGCCGAGGGCAAUUGGGAUACGCCCAGACAAGCCGGUUAAAAUAAAGAACGGGCAAUUUAUGAAACACAUUUUUGGCGAUAUCAAACCGGAAGACUUCUAUACCGGAAACGUUGUUCCAGGUCGCCUGGUAUUUGAUGAGACGCCACGGACGACGGAAACGGAUGCGGAGGCAACGACAACGACCCGUAGCUCAGGGAAAGACACACAGCCGAUUAUGAACGACCCCGAACGAUCGUCCGUCAGUCUUAAAAUGAGCCGGAAGGGCGUGAACUUUGACAAUAAAAAUGAUUAAGAGUGAAACAGUCAACGAGUUUAAGCCAAAUUUAUUUGAUAGAAAUAUGAAAUAUCCAAGACCCACUCAUUUUUGCCAUGAUGUUUAGGUUAGAACAUAUGUGAAGUACUAGAUAAUAGAUUUCAGAAGUGAUAAUUGUUCGGCCUUAUUGAAGUAAUACAGCUGCUUAUUGUUUGGAAUAGAAGAUAUGUUUCUAAAUGUUGAUCGUAUUGCGUUUUCGCCCGAAGUUUGAUGGAAUCGCAGUUUAAUCAGCAUCUGUAUAAUAUAAUAACAAUUUACUAUAAACCCAUUUACUAUUUA